ACAAUAAUGGAUGGAACUUGACAAAGAGAGGUGGAAAAUUGGAAUGAAUUUUACGAUGUAUUUCCUAGCAUUUUUCUUAGCAACCUUUGUUCAUCUAAAAGAUACUAGUCUUGGACAAGUUGUUGGAAACGGUAUGGACCUGGACGUAAACAAAUUCUUUCCCCAUCUUCUGGAGAACUCAAUGCACGCCGUUAACCCUUUGGCCGCCAGUAGUGGAGGACUAGGAAAGGAAUGUAUAGGAACAGGGAGUAGUUUUUACGGGAAUAUUCCCAUGGGAAAUCCAAUGCAAACUGGGUUCAUAGCAAAUGAACAAUGUCCGUGUCAGUUUCAUAUUAAUUCUUUGGGAUGUUAUGUCUGUAGCUGUAACUCGGAUUCACCACGGACAAAUCUCAUGAUACCAACACCAAAUGCCCCAGGGUUAAACAUGCAGUUUCAGUAUCCCAAUGGACAGGAGUACGUCACCAAGAGACACACUGAAAACAUGAGUUCUGAAAAAGUUAAAGCAACUUUGUUACCAACCACGAAAAUCCAAUCGAACACGAACCUUUUAACUACCUCAAAAAGGGAGCACGGCGAUGUCAUACAAUCAACUACCUCUUUGUUGAAAAAAAUUAACUCAACGACUAAAAUAAUUGACAGGGAUGGCACGAAAUCCGAUGUUAGAUCAACUGUGAUAGCCCCCACUAUGGAACUGGGUAAUAUUUCCAGAUCAAACUCUGACAAAGCAGCAAAUGUAUCGUCUUUUCCAGAGAAAUACAUGGCUAUCUUUGUUGGACUUGGAAUAGUUUUGUGUUUAUUUUUUAUUCUCGUUGUGAUUUUCGUCUUGAAGUGGAGAUCAACGACAAAAGAGCUCCGUAGACAACAGAGUGAAUUAUACUUCGUCGAGAAAAUCAAUCGCCAAAGCUCAGUAGUUUCCGAACUAACGCUUGAACUUGAAAGAGAGAAAAGAACUUCGUUAUAUUCUGUUGUGGAGUAUGAUUAUGAGUCCACGUCUCCAAAAUUGGACUUUCUUUUGACCCCCACAGCGCCGCCAUUAACUCCAGGACAAAAACAACAAACGGCAUUUCGAUACCCAACGGAUGAUAGCAAACACGACUAUCUUGAACUGAUCUAA